AUGUCUAAGGAUAUAGCGGAUGAACAAGGAUUAUCAGGCUAAUCGUCAAGAUCAUCAUCGCCUCAGGAACAAUCAAGAAGAAAAAGAUAAUUUUAAAUUCAUUUUUUUAUUGAAUGGAAAUACAUAAAAUCAGAUGAAUUGAAAAAUAUAUUAGAGGAUGUGAAAGUAUAGAAAAUAACAUAAUUUAGUCACAAUAUGAUAUCAAGUCUAUUCAACUGAAUCGAAAUAAUCAAAUUCCUGGGCUGGAGGGAACCGCAUUCUCAAUUAUUGAUUAUGAUGAUAGCAAAUUAAAUUCAUAACUUGAAGCCAUCAAUAAAAUACUAUAAUUGAUUGAAUAAAAAAAAAACCCUAAUUUUGAGAUCAUGAUGCUAAUACCUGAAGGUUGGAAAUUCUAUAGAUUUUAGGAACUGUCUCAUACUUGAUUGGUACAUCAGGAAAGCAAAUUAAAAAUAUUUAAUAAGAGACAAAAACUGAUGUAGUUGUGAAUAAUGCCAUCAAUAAAUUUUCCUUAAGAUCAGUUAAGAUAGCAGGUAAAGAUAUAAAUAUAUUCUUUAGGUUAGGCUAAUUGCAUAUUUAAUGCCAUUAAAUUGAUAACAAAUAAAUUACAUCAAAGAGGAAUUACAGAAGAUGAUUACAUAAAGAGAGCUGAACCAUUGGAUCCAGGAAAAGUUGUUACUAAGGUAUUUCUCAUCAAUAACAAGGUUUAACUUGUCUUUUUGAAUAUAAUAGUGGAUUACAUUCUCAAGAAUAAAGAUUUAGAAAAAAAAUAUUAAUUAAAAAUGAAAGCUAAAAAUAGUAAUGAAAUUCCAAUCAAAGUACAUUAUUAGAAUCACACUUUUUAGAAUAAAUUAAAAAAAGAUGAAGAAAUUUUAUAGUUAGUUGGAACCUUGAAAAAUGUAUAGGAGGCUAUUAGAUCUAUUGUUCGCAGAAUUAGUUCAUAAUUCAAGAAAUUGGAUUUUGAUAUUAGAGUAGUUAUGCCUGCUAAUUUUGCAUCCAAAUUAAUAGGAGCCAGUAAUAAUCAUCAUAUAUAAUCUUUUUAAAGAGGGCUGCUAAAUAAAAGAACUUGCAAAUAAAGCCAAAGGAGCAUAAAUCAAAGUAAUGUCCGAUAAGGAUGAUUCCGAUAUAGGAUAAUGUAACAUAAAUGAUAUAGUUAGAUUGUUUGGUUUAAGUAAUUGGAUCAGUGGAGCAUAAGUUAGAGGCUACAGUGUUAAUUUUAGAAUAGAUAGAGUGUUUUAAAAAUGGAGGACCUGUAUUAAAAUAAUUAAAAAGAUCCUUGAAAGCGGAAAGUACAUUAAUGAAAACUUUGCAUAAUAAUACAAAAAUUCAGUUUCCAUACAGGAUGUGAAAUCUAAAAGGUUAGUAUUAUUCUUAAUUAUUCAGAUAGAAAUCUUCUUCAUCCAGCUCUAUUAGAAGAGCAAGAUCCAGAUCAGAAUCAAACAAAAGAUAUAAAAAAUAAAGGAAAUCUAGAUCAACUAGGUACUUCUAAUCAAUAGAAAAGUUCAAAUUAACAAAAAAUCAAGCAAAAUCCAUUUCAAACGAAGAUAGUAGUUCCAAUCUAUUUAAUUGAAGAAAUUUAGAAAAAAUUAAAUCGCCUAGGAAAAGAAGAAGGAGUGCAUAUAUAAGCUGGCAGUAGGGUAUAAUUAAUCUUUUUUAAUAUUUUAGGAAUUCAGAGAUGAGUUGGUUUUGAAAUUGAGAGGAGAAAUGAAAAAUUGCUUAACUGUAAUCUAGUAUAUUUUAAGUGAAUAAUGUAAAUUAUAAAGAAGAUGA